GAAGGCAAUGGCUCCUAAACAGCCAAAUACUGGCCUUUUUGUGGGUUUAAAUAAAGGUCAUAUUGUCACCAAGAAAGAUUUGGCUCCUCGACCCUAUGAUCACAAAGGAAAAACAAGUAAAAGAGUCCACUUUGUGAGGAACUUGAUUAGGGAAGUUGCUGGAUUUGCACCAUAUGAGAAGAGGAUCACUGAGCUUCUAAAAGUUGGUAAGGACAAGCAUGCAGUGAAAGUCGCCAAAAGAAAGCUUGGAACCCACAAGAGGGCAAAGAAGAAGCGCGAGGAAAUGUUUGGUGUUCUCCGCAAGAUGAGGUCUGGUGGAGCUGGAGAAAAGAAGACGUGAUCUAAUAACCUAUGCAAUAUUUACAGUCCAGACUAUCUGUGACUCGUUCCGAGUCUUUUUUAUUUUCUUUCCUUUUAUUGAGACAAAAUGUGAAGCAUUUUUAUGUGCAUUAGUAUUUUGCUAGAAUUGAGGUGCGACUUACCGUUU